CGGAACUUGAACUUGCACACUUUUCACAUUCAACCCCAGUAUCGCGUUCCAUAUUCAAGUUCCCUACCAGAAUAUUUCUCAUGAGAAGUGCAUACAGUGAUCACAACAUACACUACAUACAGCACGCGCAACAAUGUCGCAAGACACGGGUCUCUUCUCCGUGCGACGGCCACGAGAGACCCUCGGCGGCAUAAACUAUAAUUCCAAUAUCCCGCAGCCAGCCUCUGCGUUGAAGCGCUCCAAGUCAUCCUCUGGUACCAAUGGUACCGCACCUUUCACUGUCAGCCAUGUGCGCUCAAUAUCUGGAUCUCGAGCCUCUCUUGCGCCUCCUCGACCGAACCAGCCCAUGUUCCAACGUUCAUCUUCAGGCAAUAACUUGGCGGAAAUGGGCAUGUCUUCGGUCAAGCGCACAUCGUUCCAAAAUAGCGGUGGUCGAAAGAGCUAUGCACCAGGCCAGAUGGGACGAUCGUCCGCGGAAGGGUCGGAACGAAGAAGCAGUGUGUAUCGGUCGCGGACCUCCACGAAUGGGCCCAUGGGCCAUCAGAGUUUCUUUCAGCAAGCGCCACAACCAGCAGGAGUUCCUCACGAUCCUCGACCACUAAAGGACCGCGUUUACCAGAACAAAAUUGGACAAGAGCUUCUAGACUAUAUGGCGGCGAACAAUUUUGAGAUGGAAAUGAAGCAUAUGCUCUCCCAGAAUACAAUGCGAUCGCCCACGCAAAAGGACUUUAAUUUCAUGUUCCAAUGGCUUUACCAUCGAAUCGAUCCCAGCUAUCGAUUUCAAAAGGGUAUCGACCAAGAAGUGCCUCCAAUUCUUGUUCAACUACGAUAUCCAUACCAAAAGUCCAUCACAAAGAGUUCGCUCUCAGCUGUGGGAUCACAGAACUCUUGGCAUCUCUUCCUUGGUCUUUUGCAUUGGAUGAUGCAGCUCGCUCAAAUGCUCGACGGGUAUGGAGCGAGUCAAUAUGACGAUGCUUGCGCAGAGACUGGUGUGGAUGUUAGCGGGGAUAGAAUCAUCUUUGGUUUCUUGAGUGGAGCAUACCGAGACUGGCUGUCAAUGGACGAAGAUGCUGGAGACGAUGACCAAGAUCGGGUCCUGGCACCCCACGUUGGGGCCAUGGCAAAGGAGUUUGAUAGGGCUAACUCCAAGUACUUGGACGAACUGCAGAUUCUGGAAGGCGAACACCAGCGAUUACAGAAGGAGAUUGAAAUUCUCGAGAAAUCCGGAUCAGAUGUUGCGACUCUGGACAGAAACUUCAAGAUCAUGGAGGAGGAUAAGGUCAAAUUUGAAGAAUUUGAUAACCGCAUGAACCAGAAGUCCGAAAAGUACGAGGCGAGAAUUCAAUUUCUGCAGGAGGAGCUCGACAAGGUGAUGCUGGAAUUGAAGGAGGCCGAUGAUGAACGAUCAAAUCUGCAAAGGGCGGUUGAUGAUCAAGGCAUCAGCAUGGCAGAUAUUGAUCGGAUGACUUCAGAAAGAGAGCGACUUCAGAAGGGUAUCGAGUCGACAUCUCAAAGACUCGAAGAAGCCAAGAAGAAAGUCACCGAAAAGGAAGGCGAAGCCAGCCGCAAGCUCGAGGACCUGGAACGUAUGGUCGACAAAUACAACAGCCUCGGGUAUCAGAUUGGCCUCAUUCCAGCUACCGCCGUUAACGCGAAGGGCAAAAACUAUGAAUUACAUGUCACCGUGAACGAAGGGCCCAACUUCUCUUCUUCGCAGAUGGGCGCCUCGGGCGGCAAUGCGGACAGUGACAGGCUUCUGGCGGAUCCAGUCACUGGUUAUCAACCUGCUCACAUUCUAAACUUGGAUCUCCGUGGCCAAGUCAAGGCAAGCUUUUCAAGCUUAAGAAAAGAGAUAUCGGAGAGACGUACUGUGGCGAUGGACGAGAUGAUGAAGCACCAUGAUCUGCUCGAUGGUAUCAAGGAAGCUAUCGAGGAUAAACGGGGCGAAGUUGAGGCCCUUGAGCACAGAGUUAGGGCUGCGGAGGAAGAAUAUGAAAAGACUAAAGAAGUCACCACAACUCAGAAGCUCGCCUCAGAUGCUCAAAUCGAGAAGAUGGAGAAAGAGCUGGCCAAGAUGCGAGCGGGUCUCACUGAAUCCGUCCAGUUGAUGGAGCAGCGUGAGAUGAAUACCAACAUCGAGUAUGAGCAACUCACACUUCGAGCAAACGCUCUCCGAGAAGAAUUACACACAGAAAUUGAAAAGAUGCUCAAUGAUAUCAUCAAGUUCAAGGUACACAUCCAGAAGAACUUAGAAGAAUAUGAGGGGUUUGUCGUUGAUGAAGUUGAGCAUGAGUUGGGAGGGGACGAGGAGGGAAGGGAAGAUACACAAGAUGUUGAGAUGUGAUGAAGUGGCUGAAUCGGCUGGUUCCCUUGUUUCAAAUUUGGCUUGCUUGUUGGAGUAGAUUGAGGGCGUAACGCCUUGAGAUUUGAACCAUAGGCAGGAGGCGUUUUGGGUGGGACAUCGAAGGCUGCAUUUGGCAGCAGGCUUGUAUGCUUGUUAAUGGACUUGUUUGGUUCGUAAUGAUAACGAGAAUGAAUGUUAGAUAUUUAUCUUCAGUGGCCAGUGGAUCAGACAAACCAGAGAUUACUUGCUGC